CUGCCGCUGCAGACGCCACCGAUUCAGCCCCGAGCUCCCGAGGGCCUGUUGCCGACACCAGCCUCAGUACCCAAAGUGCAGGGGCUGCCGCGUCUCUGACCCCAAAGCUCUGGGAAACAUCCGCCCUCGGGAGACGAUGCUUAAGAUACAAGGAAAACCAUUUCCCGGAACAUCUUAAUUGUCAUUGAAGCUUGAGCUAACGACAGCCAAGGGGCAAACAUGUUGAACUCCGCCAGUGAACUGGAGUUUUCGGACGAAAACAAUGUCGAGGAGAUCUCCCAGUUCGUUUCCCUGGAGGUGUCAGGUGGCACAGUAUCCACCCAAAGAAGUUCGAUUGUUGUACCCGAAAAAACGGGCUACCCGGACUCCGUGUACGUUUUGGCGGCGAACAUUUUUCAGGGUAUUCGAGUGGAAAAGUCGUCAGAUAAAAUCUUAAUAAAGUACGGGAAUGAACCCCUGCCGUCCUUGCCCGAGUUUGAGGAUGAAUCCGUACAGCGUUUGUCCUAUGAGCUGGCUUUCAGUACCCUGAAGUAUCAAGAUAUUUUGGAAACUAUGUUAAUCGACAGCUAUAUCUUCCCAAGUACCACAAUACCAGAUCAUUUGAGCAGUCUUAUUAUUGUGAUGCUGUAUGAUUUUCAAGAUAGAAAAUUUCAAAAUCGUGUUCUUUCUGAUAAUGAAGAGUCCAUAUUGGAAGUUCAAGAAGUAGAGAACCUUCUUAACAGUUUUAAGACAAAAUUGGCUGCAGCAUUGGCAAGAUGUCGAAUCAAACAUGAUGCCCUUUCAAUUUAUCAUAUUCUGCCAGAAAUAGUUAGGAAACAGGAACUAAGGGCCUCUACUCUGCCACUUUAUGCUUGGAUAAAUACUUGUAAAAUCAGUCCUGAAGAAGUUUUUAUUAAUUUGAAGAAAAGAGGCUAUAAUGAAGUCAAAUCUGUAUGUCAUAUUGAUGAUAAAGUCUUUGCUGUGGACCAACAUUGCUAUGAUGUCUUAAUAUUUCCAUCUCAUCUAAAAAAAGAUCUUAUAAAUAUAGAUCUUUUCAAAGAUUAUAAACUUAUUUUUCAGGAUAAAUCUCGAAGUCUUGCUGUUCAUUCUGUAAAGUCUUUAAUAAAUUUGGAUGAUGACGUCUUAAUGGUCAACACAGGUUCAUGGUACACAGUUGCCCAUAUGUCAGUCCUAACAAAUGAUAAUAAUUCAAAAAUAUUUGUUUGUGGAGUAAACUCACAAGAGAAGGAUCCUGACUUAAACAACCUUUUCAAAAAAAUGGGAUGUAAAAAUAUUGAAAUACUUCCUGAGACAUUUACUGACAUUGAAUCAAAGGAUCAGAGGUUACAGAAAGUUAAAGUGAUUCUGCUGUUGCCUCGUUGUUCAGAUCUGGGUGUUAGUAAUCCAAUAGAAUUUAUUUUAAAUGAACACGAAGAUACAGAUUUACUUAAAGAUCUCUCUCAAGGAGGUACUUCAGAAGAUAAACUUCAGGUUCUUGCUCAACAUCAAUAUGAACAGCUAGCACAUGCAAUGAAAUUUGUUAAAGCUCAAGCAGUGGUUUAUUGCACAUGCUCAGUUUAUCCAGAAGAAAAUGAAGCUGUUGUGAAGAAAGCAUUGGAAUUUCAAAACCAAGGGACUAAAAUACAACCUUACAGGCUCAGUCCUCCUGUUCUUCCUUUAUGCUCCUUAAAAGAAAUACACUUGGCUAAGGAUAAGUUUUUCAGAAUGGAACAAUCUGAAACUACCAAUGGUUGUUUUCUUUCUAUUUUAACAAGAGAGCGGGACCCAUCUGAGACAGUGUCUGUGAAAGAUGUUUUGGCCCGAGCUGCAGCAAAAGGGCUACUGGACGGGAUUGAGUUGGGGAAAUCAUCAAAACGAGAGAAGAAGAGGAAAAAAUCAAAAACAUCAUUGCCCAAACCGUCUGCCAAUGAUAAUAAUGGCAUCCAAAUGAAAAUUGCCGAGUUCCUGAAUCGAGAAACCAAAACAAGUACUAACAGAUCAGAGGCAUUAAUAACAAAAGCACUUAAUCCACAGAAAAAUGCAUCUCAAGUAGGUGCCACCACACAGACCAGGAAACCUAGCAAGCCUACCAUCAAUCCUUUGACACCCACAUUAACGAAGAACACCUGUCACUGCAAGCCGUGUGAACGGCACACCAACUUCACAAGACCUCGACCAGAAGACAAAAUGAUUGCUUUGAAACCCAUUGAGAUCGUUUUGCCUCCAGUAAUGUUGCCAUUUCAAAGUCCUCAAGGGAUCAGAUCUCAGGUCCCAAAUCAGCAUUUUUACUAUCGCUGGGUUAGGCCCAAGACUGGUGUGCCUGGCUACCUUCCCACACCAUCAGCGUCCAGAAGAGGGGAGAAACCUAAAGAAAACUUACCUUCCUCCCUAGUUAGGCGUCCUCGACCAUGGCUUUGACUGCCCCAUGUUUUUGACAGGGCCAGAAACAGGCGUUUUUGUUUUUUUUUUUUUUCUUCCCAAAGUCUGGUAUUUCUCAGAAGGUGAGAUAUAGCUACACAAGAUACUCAUCCUUUUGUCACUUAGUAUCUUCUAAUUGUGAUAUUACCUUCAGAGAAUCAAAACAGGAGAGAGACAAUAAUGUAGAGGGUAAGCAAGCAGAAUUCAGAUUGCAGCAGCUCAGUGCUGAUCUGUUGGAGAACACCCCGCUGUCGACUCUCAAUCACUGUCAGAACUCGGCUCGCUCCUGUUGACUUCCAGUCUGGACUAAAGCUCAGCAGUUUCUCCUGAAGGGAAACAUGGUCUCUCUGGAGCAGGCUGCUCUUCACUCACUUUUGAGGGCGUUCAGUUGAAAGCAGGGCCCUCCCACCACCCUUGGAACACCCUGUCAGUGUCUAAGCAGUCCUAGCUGAACUUUUCCAAUCACAAUCAAGAUUGAUUUUUUUUUUUUUCUUAAGUACUUGUCUGUUCCUGAAAAAGGGCAUGACAUGAGUUUUGGUAACAUGACUGAGCUUGAGUACUAGUAGGAAGCCCAGGAAGUUCCAGAACGCCAUGUGUGCAUUGCUUAGGUGUCGAUUCAGAGGGUCUUUCGUGGGAAGAGCAUCCAGGAUCCUGAGUGGAUUGAGUGAGCACAAUCACCCCUUCCUUCUGCCUGUUUAUGCCAAACACGGUUGAAAAAAAGACUGUGAGCAAAUUUCCAUCAAAACAUUCAUAAUUCUGAGGACAAAACUGUUAAAAAAAAGUGAUAUCUAUUGUCAAAGAAUACAAGUGAUAUCUAUUAUUGAAGAAACCUAUAAAGACUUCUGAUUCUAUUCAAAGAUCAGGUGAUACAGCAAAAUGUUCAAAUUGUUUCAAAUGGCACACAGUAAUCAAACUUUGGUAAAUCAUUUCUGAUGCACAAUUAAAAUAUAUUGUAGCACUGUUAUAUUAAAUGUCAAUUCAUCUUAAAUGUAUUAUCAAUUGCC